AUGUUGGCUUGGACAUAUUCGGGCGUAAAUUUUAGCAUUCCCGGCACCGGAGGACCUGAAUGCGUGGAUUACCUGAGCAGUAGGCAGAAGAUCCUCGAGACCUUCCUUGUUCUUCUUGUUAGCUCUCUGCAGAUAUGGUAUAUGAUGCCCUGCCUAGGGCCAAGAAAAGUCCUGAACAAUAAUGACCAGAAUGGAGUUGUAAAUGACCAUAGUCAGUUGACAGAUGUCUCCAUAAAAAAUUACUCACCUCCACUGCUCAAACAAAUUUUGCUUUUGUUGCUCAGCUUAGUGUUUGGCAUUGAGUUAGGAUUUAAAUUAUCAACUCGACAGUUCAUUUGGAUCCUCAAUCCUUGCCAUGUUGUAACUAUUAUUCAGAUCUAUCUGUUGAUAGCCCCGGCAAGCAAACUAUCUUCACUAAUGUUUCGAUUCCACAUUCAUAUGUUGAGUGGGGUUUCCAUUGCCAUUUGUUUUCCUGUUGUUAACACAAGACUGUUGGAGUUUGAGGUGGCAACUUAUUGGGCCCAACAUCUUCUCCUCCUUUUUAUUCCAUUCUAUCUCAUGAGUUUAGGAGGGGCAUAUUCAGUUGAAGAUUUUGCUGAUAUGACGUGGUCCGUGUUUGCCCUGUCCAUUCAAAUGAUCUAUCAUUUCAUCUUCUUGCAGCCCAUUUCAUUGGUAACAGGCAUAAACCUAAACAACAUAAUGUGCCCAGCAGUGUCAGACCCAUUCAAAGGCACUUAUUAUAGGUUAUAUGCUCUGCUUCAUCAAUCUCUGCUUAUCAUAAUUCAUGGUAAGGCCUAUGUAUUCCUAGCUUACUUAUUCCAUGUACCUCUAACAUUCUCAAAAUAUCCUUACAUACCUGUUGAUAAAAUCUGA